CCAGCUGUAUGGGGCAAUAGUAGCUGUCAGUUACUGAUCUCUCCUCUCCAUGGCCUGCCGUUUCCCCGGCUCUAACUCCUACACUGUGGUUAUUAUCCCGCUCAAGACCAGCCUCUACAACCUGGACGCACUUCGCUUCUACCUAUGGAUUAAGCGUCUGAAGGAGCUAGAGAAGGAGAAGGAUGCUCUAUACUCCGGUCUGGAGAUUCUGGAGAGGGCUCGCCUCUGGUACCUCCAGCGGCUGGAGGAGAACAGGGCCCGGCAAGACAACAUUGACACCAUUAACAUCUUCCAGGAGAGUGCAGCAGAGGAACGAUCCUGCCUCCUGAGGUCUUGUAUCCAGCGGGUGAAUGGCUCUCUGGGUGCUGUGAUGGCUGAGCCCAAUGUCACCAGCACCAGCAUCUCUUCUCUGCCUGACGCAGUGGCAGACAGUGACCUCCGGUGGCACAACACUGUACUGACUCAGGAGGUGAGUGACAAGAAUCGUCAGAUCUCCAAGUUAGAAUUGGAAAAAGACGCUCUUCUGGAACAGCUCGAUGAACUGCAGGCCCACUGACUGCUUACAUAUACGCACACAUGUACAGAUAGAAAUAUGUGUGCUGCUCUGCCAACUUACAUUUCACUGAAUGUCACCAUUUUUAAUAACUUGUAAAUAUGUAUUUAAAUGAAUAAAUUGCAGUAAAAGAU